CCCAUCGCCGCCUCCCGCUCUCCCCUCAUCCUCUUCCUCUCCAAACGCUUCCUCGCCUCCUCCCCCUUCGCCGCUGGCCUCCUCGGGCUUCCCUCGCCUCCCGGCCUCUCGCGCGUGGCGGUCCGGCUGGGAGCGGCCCGGAUCAACUCGGUCCGGUGCAUGGCUCGGCGAGCUGGUGACUCGGCUUACUCGCCUCUGAACUCCGGGUCGGGCGGUGGGUUCAGCGACCGGCCACCGACGGAGAUGGCGCCGCUGUUCCCCGGUUGCGACUACGAGCACUGGCUCAUCGUCAUGGACAAGCCUGGCGGCGAGGGGGCCACCAAGCAGCAGAUGAUCGACUGCUACAUCCAAACCCUAGCCAAGGUCGUCGGCAGUGAGGAGGAAGCAAAGAAGAAAAUUUAUAAUGUGUCUUGCGAGCGGUACUUCGGAUUUGGUUGCGAGAUUGAUGAGGAGACAUCAAAUAAGCUUGAAGGCCUUCCUGGUGUUCUGUUUGUGCUUCCAGAUUCUUAUGUUGAUCCUGAGAAUAAGGACUAUGGUG